ACUGUUCCUUCGCCAUCUGCUUGCAUUAUCAUAUUUUUUCUGUUAUUUCCUUUUGGCAUUCUGUGUUCUAAUUGUGGUCCUUGUAUAACUCAUUAGUUUAUCAGUUGAGUUAAAUCUAACAGUUGUAGAUAGAAAAAAUUGUUUUUAUUUUAAUUUAUUGCUGUUAACACUGGCAGUGAGAUUUUGGAAUUCAGGAAAAUAACAAACACAGGGAAAAAUGUCAGGCUAUGAGUGGCUCAGUAAAGAAAUUCAAGUUUUAUAGCUACUUCGAAUCAAGGGCUACCUAUGCCAGAAGUGCCGGCUUCCUUUAGAAGAUUGUAUGAGCUCAAAACUGAAGCCCUGCGUUCUGUGGCAGGAUAUAAGGAUAUUCUAUGUCAGAACAACAAAGGGAAGUUGUUAUGGCAAUAUUUGGUGUUCAAGGCUUCAAGCUACAACAUUACGCCUAUAUGCGUCCUGCAUCUCUUUUUCUUCUUCCUCCUGGCUGUAUUUGCAUCUUCUUCCACCCACAUUUCAAAUAAUGUCUUUGAAUCUCAUGGAAUUGUCGGACGUAACCUCUUGCAAGCAAAAAAGGAAUGCACCGUAGACUUUGAGCGUCAGAACUACACAAUUGUGACAACCAAGUGCAAGGGACCUCAGUACCAAGCCAACCUUUGUUGUGAAGCUCUCAAGGAAUUUGCCUGCCCUUUCUCGGAGGACAUCAAUGACCUCUCCAAUAAUUGUGCCUCGACCAUGUUCAGCUACAUCAAUCUCUAUGGGAAAUACCCUCCUGGCCUCUUUGCCAGUCUGUGCCGCGAAGGACAGUAUGGUCUUGAAUGUAAGGAUACAGGAAAAACUAAUAAUGCUGCAGUUUCUGUAGCCACUAAGUCCUCGUUUCUAAUGCUUGCGUCUGGAUUCAUAGUCUUAUUCUUCCAAUAUUUUCUUUAAGAUCAGAUAUGGAUACCCAUAUUCGUCUUAUCAACAAUGAUUCCAUCAAAAAGAUUGAUUUCUUCUGAUGUUUCAUUGAAUUUGUAUGCUAAUUGUUAGCAUUCUUUAAUUAAAAAGUUGCUAUAUAUAGAGGGCGAUAUAAAUGUAAUCUUUUACUUUCUUAAUUGCCUUCAAAGUCCAAACGCCGUAACCUCAGUGAAGCUUCUCUAUAAACAAAAAAAUCAUGAAUAAAUUGCUUGAUUAUAG